GUAGAGUUCUUUGGAAGAGAGACGUGCAGUGUUUUAUAUGCCGAACAAGCAGUAGGAAGUGAAUGUGUGCAGUUAUUUUGCCUUCGUCUAGGUUCUGAGUAAUUACAAUAAGUAAAUAACUGGAAAUGAUUUACUCUAUGUGGAAAUAAUGCUGUAUCAUAAUCACUUGAACAGUGUCUGGUGGCAUGUGGCCUCCUGAGAUCAUCUUGAAUAAGGGUCCGCAGUCUUCUUCUGUAAAGGGCCAGGUGGUAAAUACCUCCGGUUUUGUGGGCCACGUGGACUCUCUCCAAACAACUCAGUUAUACUGUCGUCGAGUGAAAACAGCCAUAAACAAUACAUAAAUGGAUGAGUAUAACUGCGUCCCAGCAUACAUUUAUUUGUGAAGACAAAUGGCAGGUUUGGCCCACGGGCUCUGUAUGGUUUAUUAGCCUUUGGUCAUGAAGGUCGUCCAUUCUUUUGUCUGACGUAGUCCAGACUUACUCACGAGAGCCCAGAAAUGGGCUCAGAUUUUACCUGUUCUUAUGUAGCACAAGUGAGAGGACCUUUAACCAUCCUCUAGUCUUCCCACUGUUAAUGGCUAAAUUAGUAUAUUGGCCACCCAGAUACCAGCCACCGAACUUCCCUUUUCUCCUUUCUUCCCUCUUUUCUUUCAAAGUUCCCCAGUUUAGCAAAUAGAGUGAAAACUCAGAACUGCUUUGUUGAUGACUGUGUCGAAGGCCACUGCCAGGACCAAUAGCAUGUGUUUUACAAUGAAGACGUCUUGUGUGAGAAGAAGAUAUAGAGAAUUUGUGUGGCUGAGGCAGAGGCUCCAGAGUAAUGCAUUGCUGGUACAACUGCCGGAACUUCCGUCUAAAAACCUGUUUUUCAACAUGAAUAAUCGCCAGCACGUAGAUCAGCGCCGUCAGGGUUUGGAAGAUUUCCUCAGAAAGGUCCUACAGAACGCGCUUCUGCUUUCCGAUAGCAGCCUCCACCUCUUCUUGCAGAGCCAUCUGAAUUCAGAAGACAUUGAGGCCUGUGUUUCUGGGCAGACGAAGUACUCUGUAGAAGAAGCAAUUCACAAGUUUGCCUUGAUGAACAGACGCUUCCCUGAAGAAGAGGAAGGGAAAAAGGAAAAUGAUAUAGAUUAUGACUCAGAAAGUUCAUCCUCUGGGUUCGGACACAGUAGUGAUGACAGCAGUUCACACGGAUGUAAAAUGAUCACAGCUCCGCAGGAAUCCUGAAAAAUAAUUCCAAUGUUACCAUUCUAGGAAUAGCAAAUUAGGUCCCGUCGUAGAGACGAAAGCUUGCUCAUAUUCUCUUCUUACCUAAAGCUCCCUGUCAUGUUAAGUAUUUAAAUUCAUAAGAUGUUGUGUUGUUUAUUAGUGGUAUUUUUAUGUUGUCCCACUUUGGCUAAGCUUCUGUAAAAAGCUACGAGCCUGUGAAUGCAGCACUCCCCUUGAUAGGCGCAUAUUGUUGGUAAAACAAGAUCCUGCCCUCAAAUGAAAGGAUGUAUGUGUUUAAAAAAAAAAAAAAAAACAAAACUGGUUGAUUUUACUGAAUUUUAAAAGAUAGGUAAGUAGGUAGCAUUUAAAAUCCAGAUAGAGCCUUUCUGCUGGUUUCGCUAGGGCGGUGUUGGCCUAAACACAGCAGGUGUGACGUUAGCCACCUCGGCAGACAGCCUGCUUCUCAGACAGGCAGCUGGUAUUUUGUGGGUACCUCCCCUGCCCUUGGGAAGACGCUUUGCUUUGGGGGGUCUUUAACUGAAAUAUUUGAAGAGUGUUUAUUUAACCUUUCCAGUAUUCUCUUCCAUACUUAGAUGGAAAAUGUAUCUUAUGAAUAGAGACAUGUUAAAAUAAUGUUUACAUCUUAGAAAAAGCCAGAAAUAGUGCUAGGCAUUUUGCUUAUAUUUGCAAUAUGUAGACUCCGAAAUGCAUUUGCAUUGUCCAGAAUCAGCUUUCACAUGUGGUUUCUGGAAACAAAUAAUUUGUUUUCAUUAUCUGUGUGUAAUUAGAAUUAUAGGUUAACGAUUUAUCUUCUGACUUAAUGUGCAAUUUCUUAUCACAAGAGAACUUUCUGUGAUGGUCAGUGGUGGUUAAUUGUUCCUUAUCUUUAAGUUAAAAGUGGGAUCUUAAAAACAUUAAUAAAUUUUGCCAUUAAAUAUUGCCAUAAUUUAGAAAAGGAUAGGAACUUGCUAAUUUCAGAAUUAAUUAAUUUUUUAAAAAGCCCUUUCUUUUAUGGCAUCUGCCCGAGGAUUGGUAUAAUUUGAUUAAAAAUGUCUUUUUUUUAGUGGCCCAAAGAUAAAGUGUCUUAGAUAAACUACAUUGAACUUCAAAUUUCAGAUGAGGCAGAAUUUUAUUGAGAUAAUUGUCUAAGUUUCUUCCUUGUUGAAUGGUACAAAAUAUCCCUGAAUUUAACAGGAAGAUAUUUUUACAUAGCUGGGAUAACUUGUUGCUUUAAUUAAAUGUUACCUCACCUCAUUUUAACUAGGGAUUUAAAAGUUACUGCAUUAUUUUAAGUCUUUGAAAUGCUUUUAUCUAAGAACCCACAGAAAAAAAAUUAGAAUACGAAUGAUUUCCUUAAUUUUGCCUUUUGUUUUUUCUGUUUGGUCUAAAACAUUAUUGAACUUUGUGCAAAUAUUUUGAUUUAAUGUAUCUUGGACUGUAUUACUUUGCCAUCUAAGACAUAUUAGUUUAAUACAGGACAAAAAAAGAUUUAGCAAUUUUUUUUUUAAUCUUGCUAACAUGUAAGGUUUGCCACCCAUUUGAGUGCAGUCCCCAGCUCCUUGGCAAUAUGUAUUUGCAUUCAUGUUAUUUCUGUUUUACAGCAGUUUUGAAAAGCAUAUUACGUGCCACCAAUUGUCAUAUAACUUUUAGAUGAUGCUACCACAGCCAUCAAAAUUGAUAUUAAGUAUUGCCUAAUACUAUGGUAUGUAAACUUCAUGAGGUCAUCAUUUUCACAUUAAAAAUGAAAACAUCAA